AUAGGAUGCUGCAUAAACUUUUCCUUCAAACUUAUAAGGAAAAGAUGGCAAAUAAUAAGUCAGUGAUCCAGAGUUUUCCAUUUAAACCCAUCACACUGGUUCUGCCAGUAUUGUUCACUUCCUCAACGUGAGCAAUGACAUGCAUCCACGUCCACAAGAUGGAGACUUGAUGGUGCUGAAAGAGGAGAGUCAAGAACUGAAUGAAACCGAAGAGAAAUAUCAAAAUGAUAAACACUAUGAUUUCAAAACUGAAGAAAAAUCAGUUAGUUGCUCACAGACUGAAAAGACUUCCUCACCAAAAAAAGCUAAAAAAUCACGAAGUACAAACCUUAAUGUCCACAUGAAAACUCACACUGAAGAGAACCCUUACACCUGCAAACUGUGUGGGAAGAGUUACACACGAAAUGGAAGUCUUAAAACUCACAUGAAAAUUCACACUGGUGAGAAACCUUACACCUGCAAACUGUGUGGGAAGAGUUACACACGAAAUGUAGAUCUUAAAACUCACAUGAGAACUCACACUGGAGAGAGACCGUUCAUAUGUGUUCAGUGUGGAAAGAGUUUUAUACAGAAAAAACUCCUUAAUGUCCACAUGAAAGCUCACACUGGAGAGAAACCUUACACCUGCAAACUGUGUGGGAAGAGUUGCACACGAAAUGGAGAUCUCAAGACUCACAUGAGAACUCACACUGGAGAGAGACCGUUCAUAUGUAUUCAGUGUGGAAAGAGUUUUACACAGAAAAAAUCCCUUAAUGUCCACAUAAGAAUUCACACUGGAGAGAAGCCUUUCACCUGCCCUCAGUGUGGAAAGAGUUUCAGGAUCAAAGAUAUCCUACAGACUCACAUUAGAAGUCACACUGGAGAGAAUCCAUUCACAUGUGAUAAGUGUGGAAAAUGUUUUAGAUAUAAAGAAAACCUUAAUUAUCACAUGACGAUUCAUUUAAGAGAGAAGCGUUUUAAUUGUCAUCAGUGCGAAAGGAGUUUCACAGACACGAAUCACCUUAAGAAUCAUGUAAUAACUCACAUUGGAGAAAAGCCUUUCAUGUGCCAUCACUGCGGAAAGAGUUUCUUAAGAGAAGGAAGCCUCAAGGAUCACAUGAGAAUUCACACUGGAGAGAAACCUUUCACCUGUGAACAAUGCGGAAAGAGUUUCAGGGUUAAAGGAAACCUUAAGUUCCACAUGAGAGUUCACACAGGAGACAGACCUUACAAGUGUCUGCAGUGUGAGAAGAGUUUCAAAAGUCAAAGCAGCAUGAAACGUCAUUUGAAAACUCAUUCUGGGAAUAAAUUGCCAUUUUCCUCAGAGUCACAAGAGGUUUAGAAAAAGAAACCAUUUUUACAAUCAUCUGUACAUUCAUUCUGGAAGACAAUUCAAUUGUGGUCAAGAGUAGAAAAAAUAUGUUUUGCCAUCACACUUAUAUGGAGCCAGAAUGAUCUCAAGAAUAAUUCAUGCAAAAGACUCGAUGCACA